CGAUUGAACAUCAUGACUCUGCUUUUCCAGUGCAUGCAGGACACGAUGCCCGAGGUGAGGCAAAGCUCCUUCGCUCUGCUGGGGGAUCUCACCAAGGCGUGCUUCCUGCAUGUUAAGCCCUGCAUUGCUGAGUUCAUGCCCAUCCUGGGACUCAACCUGAACCCAGAGUUUAUCUCGGUGUGUAACAACGCCACCUGGGCCAUUGGAGAGAUCGCCAUGCAAAUGGGUGCAGAGAUGCAGCCGUACAUGGGCGUGGUUCUGCCAAACCUGGUGGAGAUCAUCAACAGACCCAACACACCCAAGACUUUGCUGGAAAACACAGCCAUUACCAUCGGCAGACUGGGUUACGUCUGUCCCCAGGAGGUGGCGCCACAGCUGCAGCAGUUCAUCAGACCAUGGUGCACAUCGUUGAGGAAUAUCCGAGAUAACGAGGAGAAGGACUCGGCCUUCAGGGGGAUCUGCGUGAUGAUCGGUGUGAACCCUGCAGGCGUGGUGCAGGACUUCAUUUUCUUCUGUGACGCUGUGGCCUCCUGGGUCAACCCUAAGGACGACCUGAGAGACAUGUUUUAUAAGCUGAGUUCAUGCCCAUCCUGGGACUCAACCUGAACCCAGAGUUUAUCUCGGUGUGUAACAACGCCACCUGGGCCAUUGGAGAGAUCGCCAUGCAAAUGGGUGCAGAGAUGAAGCCGUACAUGGGCAUGGUUCUGCCAAACCUGGUGGAGAUCAUCAACAGACCCAACACACCCAAGACUUUGCUG